GCUGGGUCUGCUUGCUGCUUACAAGGAGAGGCGCGCUCAUGGUGUUGCAGUGAUAACCCGAGAGCUUUUUUUUUCCUUUUCUUUUCAUCCCUUUUUCCCCUUUUCUCACACGGACGGCUCAUGUCUGCCUUAUAGACAUGAUGGCUUUUGUGCAUUUGAGGACUUUCCUAUUUUUGGCGGUGUCCAUAUCUCAGGUUUUGUUUGCUACAUGUCAAGUCACCGGUGACGGAGACGAGGGGAGCUGUACAGCAGACGGGCAGACCUACACCAACAGGGAUGUCUGGAAGCCGGAUCCCUGCCGCAUCUGUGUGUGCGACAACAGUCAGGUGCUGUGCGAAGAGAUCCUGUGUGAGGAGCUGACCAACUGUGAAAAGGUCAUGACCCCCGAGGGAGAGUGCUGCCCCGUGUGCCAGUCCGACUCACCCAGCAGGGGCGGCGGUCAGGGAAGCUUCGGUGGCGGCAGGAUUUACAAGGGUCAGAAGGGAGAACCAGGCGAUGUCCCACUAGUGACUGGAAUCAGAGGCCGACCUGGCCCGAUGGGGCCACCCGGUUCUCCAGGAGAGAGGGGAUCUCGAGGAAACAAAGGAAGACCCGGACUGCGGGGCCCUGCAGGUUACGAUGGCGAGCCCGGAAUUCCAGGCCAGCCUGGUGAACCAGGACCUCCAGGACAGCCAUCGCACCCAGGAGGUCUUGGAUCUCAGAUGGCGACAGGUUUUGAUGGGAAAGCCGGACCACAGGGCAUGCUGAGUGGGGCUCGGGGAGAAGCUGGAACACGGGGACCCCCUGGACCAAAUGGCAGCCCAGGUCAAGCUGGACCACAAGGGCCUCCUGGAGAUGUCGGUGAUCCUGGCCACAUGGGUCCACCUGGUCAAAGAGGCCCGGAAGGACCAGCGGGGAAAGCAGGAGAGGAUGGAGAGCCUGGAAGAGCAGGAAAUGCUGGAGAAGUUGGAUUCCCUGGAUCAUCUGGUCCAAGAGGCUUCCCUGGUACACCUGGACCUCCUGGACUGAAAGGACAAAGAGGACAUUCUGGACCACUGGGACAGAAAGGUGAAACAGGAGCAGUAGGAUCAAAGGGUGCAACAGGCCCAUCAGGUCCAAUGGGAGCACCAGGCCCGAUGGGUCCGGCUGGAAUGCCUGGCGAGAGGGGGCGCUCCGGACCAACAGGCACUCCGGGAAAACGUGGAUCGUCCGGGAAUAUCGGCAAACCAGGCCCUAUGGGUCCUUUAGGGUUGAGUGGUCCACCUGGAUAUCCUGGAAUGCCGGGAAUGAAGGGCCAGCCUGGUCCUACUGGAGUUCGGGGUCCUGAGGGCCCACAAGGACAGAGAGGAGAGACUGGUCGCCAGGGUAACGCAGGAUCACUUGGCCUCAGGGGUCCCACAGGCACCGAUGGUGGUGUCGGUGCCAAAGGACCUGUGGGCAAUCUUGGUCCACAAGGUCCCGGUGGCCAUCUUGGACCUCCAGGUCCACCUGGUCCUCAGGGAAGCACUGGCCAGCCUGGAAUCAAAGGACAACUGGGAGAUGUUGGUGUUCCCGGAUUUAAAGGAGAGGCUGGACCCAAAGGAGAACCUGGUCCACCAGGAUCUCAAGGUCCAAUAGGCCCUCAGGGAGAGGAGGGUAAACGCGGACCUCGAGGUGAACCUGGAACUAUCGGACCUCCCGGCCCAACAGGAGAGAGGGGAGCACCUGGAAACAGAGGAUUCCCUGGUGCCGAUGGGAUGCUUGGACCAAAGGGUGCUCAAGGAGAUCGUGGAAUAGCAGGCCCACCAGGGCCAAAAGGCUCGCCCGGAGAUCCCGGCCGCACAGGAGAAUCUGGUCUUCCAGGCGCAAGAGGUCUCACUGGAACCCCUGGAGUCCAGGGAGCAGAGGGAAAGCCAGGCCCACUGGGAGCACCUGGAGAGGAUGGUCGCCCCGGUCCUGCAGGUUCCCUCGGCAACAGAGGACCCGCUGGAACCAUGGGAGUUCCAGGUCCCAAGGGGUUCAACGGAGACCCAGGAAAGACAGGUGAACAAGGCUCUGCUGGAGUGCCCGGUCAAAGGGGUCCACCUGGCAAAGACGGAGAGGUUGGACCAGCUGGACCACCUGGGCCACCAGGUGUUGCAGGUGAUAGAGGAGAACAAGGGCCCCCAGGUCUGAAUGGAUUCCAGGGCCUGCCUGGGAACCAAGGUCCUCCUGGCGAACCUGGAAAACCAGGAGACCAAGGUAUUCCUGGUGAAAAUGGUGCUGUGGGUCAAAUCGGACCGAGGGGUGAGCGUGGCAUCCCUGGAGAAAGAGGAGACCUGGGUUCAACUGGUCUGCAGGGUCCAAAGGGUAUUCCCGGUGCUCCUGGUCCAGACGGGCCAAAGGGAAACCCCGGUCCCACAGGCGCGCUCGGUGAUGUCGGUCCACCAGGUCUUCAGGGCAUGCCCGGGGAGAGGGGAAUCUCUGGACCUCCGGGGCCCAAGGGUGACAGAGGGUCGAUCGGUGAGAAAGGUUCAGAGGGAACUCCAGGAAAUGAUGGCGCAAGGGGUGCGCCUGGCCCCAUCGGCCCAUUAGGACCUGCAGGACCCAGCGGUGAAAAGGGAGAACCAGGACCCAAAGGCCCAGCUGGACCUCCAGGAUCCAGAGGGAUGCCCGGGUCCCGAGGCGACCCAGGUCCGAUUGGUGCUGUUGGCUUCGUUGGACCUCCGGGCCCUGAUGGACAACCUGGAGUCAAGGGAGAGACAGGAGAGCCAGGACAGAAAGGAGAUGCUGGAUCAGCCGGACCUCAAGGCUUGGCUGGAGCUCAUGGUCCUCCCGGACCAAUUGGAGUUGCAGGACUGAAGGGAGGAAGAGGAACUCAGGGCGCUCCGGGACCUACUGGUUUCCCUGGAUCUGCUGGAAGAGUGGGACCACCAGGCCCAACAGGUCCAAAUGGUGAACCUGGACCAUUGGGACUUCCUGGAAAAGAGGGUCCACGAGGUCUCCGUGGAGAUCAUGGUUCCCCUGGAAGACAAGGCGAGAGAGGACCAGCAGGACCGCCAGGAAGUGCAGGAGACAAAGGAGACUCUGGAGAAGACGGCCCGACGGGUCCUGAUGGUCCUCCAGGUCCAGCUGGAACUACUGGUCAGAGGGGAAUUGUUGGUCUUCCUGGGCAGAGAGGCGAGCGUGGAAUGCCGGGUCUUCCCGGGCCGGCGGGACCGCCAGGAAAAGUAGGAUCACCCGGAACAGCUGGAGAUAAAGGGCCUCCUGGUCCUGUUGGUUCUCCCGGUGCUAACGGACCUCGCGGUGACCCUGGUCCCGAUGGUCAGCAAGGUUCAGAUGGACCCCCGGGCAAAGAAGGCCUUCUGGGACAAAGAGGUGACAGAGGAGACCCUGGUCCAGAGGGAUUGGCAGGUACUCAGGGACUUCCAGGGCCCCCAGGUCCAGUCGGAGCUCCAGGAAUCGCGGGGAGACAAGGAGAUGCUGGCUCCAGAGGACCAGUGGGCCCGCCAGGUUCAGCCGGGAAGAGAGGACUAGUGGGACCUCAAGGACCAAGAGGAGAUAAAGGUGACUUGGGUGAUCAUGGAGAAAGAGGCCAGAAGGGACACAGAGGGUUCACAGGUCUGCAGGGACUUCCUGGACCUCCAGGUACAAGGGGCGAGCAAGGAGCUUCUGGCAUCGUCGGUCCCAACGGCCAGAGGGGACCGCCAGGGCCUAUUGGACCACCUGGAAAGGAGGGAUACAGCGGGCUGCCGGGGCCAAUGGGACCCCCUGGUACUCGUGGAAUCAGUGGCGAAAUCGGUCCAGAGGGCCCUCCUGGAGAGCCUGGACCCCCAGGACCUCCAGGUCCACCAGGACCCCCAACAGCAGCAGUUGACGACCUGUUCGCCGGACCCGACGACUACGACUUCGGCCCGCCUCCUCCACCAGAGUUCAAUGAAGACGAGGCCUCCCCCAACAACAACAACACCGCCACCAUCGUCCCAGUGGACCCGGGCGUCCAGGCCACCCUGAAGGCUCUCAGCAGCCAGCUGGAAAGCAUGAAGAGUCCUGACGGCACCAGGAAGCACCCUGCCAGGACCUGCGACGACCUGAAGAGGUGCUACCCAUCAAAGAAGAGCGGUGAAUACUGGGUGGAUCCAAACCAAGGAAGUGCCGAGGACGCCAUCAAGGUUCACUGCAACAUGGACACAGGAGAGACCUGCAUCUCAGCCAACCCCUCCAACGUUCCCCGUAAAGCUUGGUGGAGCGCCUCCAGGAACAAGCCUGUGUGGUUCGGAGCUGACAUCAACAGAGGAACUCACUUUACUUACGGCAACAAGGAGCAGCCCGCCAACUCUGUUGCAGUCCAGAUGACUUUCAUCCGCCUGCUGUCCAAGGAAGCCUCUCAGUCAAUCACCUACCACUGCAAGAACUCAGUGGGCUACAAGGACGAGAAGACGGGCAACUUGAAGAAAGCCGUGAUCCUCAAAGCCUCCAACGACCUGGAUCUUAAAGCCGAAGGAAACAACCGCUUCAGAUACACAGUGGUGGAGGACUCCUGCUCGCAAGCGAACGGGAACUGGGGCAAGACAGUGUUUGAGUACAGGACACAGAAAACAGCCAGACUUCCCAUUGUGGAUCUUGCACCCGUGGACAUUGGCGGCCCAAACCAAGAGUUCGGCAUCGACAUCGGGCCGGUGUGUUUCUUAUAAAUGAAUCUAAAGAAUGAAAGUUAAGGUCAGCGGUGAAGCCUCAGGAAUCCUGGGACUGUUGAACUGACAGCUGACGAGAUUCAGCCGCCUUGUACAUACGAGCACCGAGGACUUUUCUGGACCACCGCCCGGAUAUUUAUUGUGCCUUUCGACUUUAACCACCAAUGUUUGGAAUCAAGCCAAAAUCAAGCGACAAAUCACAAUCAUUCCUCUCACCUCCUAACGUCCAUUAUGCUGAAUAUUCAAGUUCUUAAAUCCCCAGAACUGCUGUGUUAAAGUGAAACACCAUUUUAUGAAUAUAUUUCACCCCAAACUUACGACCCUUGAAUGAGCUCUCGUGUUGUGUAAGACUUUUUAAACUGCGAUAUGUUAGUAAAGAAAUAAAUAAAAAAAAAAGUGGUGCUAUUGAGAGAUGUGAAGCGUUCGGUCAUGUCGGAAUUUGGAACAUCGGGAUUUGGGGUUUCUUCUGUGUUAGCUACCUCCACUCCAUGACGACGUGUAACUUUCUCGCAGGUUCUUCUCUCUUUGUAAGUCGUCCCGGCGACACAGACCCAAUAAAGAGCUUUCUGUCCACGACGGAGAGACGUGGUUUGAGUCGUGUGUGUGGUGAUUCGUACUUGUUUUUGCCGGCUUCCAGCGCAAGUCUCGAUGCAUGUGGUUUCCCCCGCAACAUAUUCUAUUUUUAUGACUUUAAGUGAGGCGGCUGUUUGCUUUGUAUCUCUUGCUCUGCAACAAAUUAAACAAACUGCUUGUUAAUCCCCCUCAAGCUCGUGUCAUAUUAAUUCAGGUUCAGCUUGCAGGUUCUUUAUGCUUUUUAAAUUUGCUUAUAUUUAUUUUAUAUCCGACACUUGAGUUUGAGCCAAAAUAUGUCGCUUCAAUUAUAAUUUUGCCGCAGUUGUAAUGAGUUUUGUUCACUUUUUAUUCCAAAGAAAAAGUCCUCGGCGUUAAUAACUUAAUUUUGGUUGGAAGUGGAAAUAUAUCUUCAAAAUCUUUGUUUAUCCAUCACCUAAAAAGUACUUGAACGCGCAUAAGUAUCACAAUUGUUAUAUGUCAACUUUUGGUUCAGGAAUUAUCGAUAUUGAUUUACUGUAUAUUAAAAUGUUAAAACAAAAACAAAUGAAUAAAAAUCACUUAAGUUAAUGAAGUAUAUUUAUCUUUAUAUUCUACUUUAAUACAAAUACUUUAGGCAUUUAGCCAAUAUUUGUAGAACUUAAUCUCGUCACAAUAUUGCAUUCUUUUUAAUAUAUUUUAGUUUUAUACUUUGAUGUGUCCUUACUUCUGAUCUUUGUUCAGUGUUUCUUUUUAACACUCAAUAUUCACAUUAUUUCUGCAGUCAAAUUGAACAUAUAUAACUAUGAAGAUGAAUGAAUUGUGGCUUCACUUUGAAGAACUUUAUAUAUAUUUUUUUUCUAUUACGUUUAAGAAACCUCUUUUUUCUAUCUUUAUUUUCACAUGGCAAA